UCACACUCACUGUCCGUGUCGAGGACAACUCACUACCUCUGUCUGUCUCUAUCGCUAGUGAUUCAAUCUCUUCUGAAUCAUUCAACUACAAACAAUAAUUUCAGCACUAUGACCAGAAAUCAAUUCCUCCUAUUUAUAUUAACAUGACAUGAAUUGAACUUCGUGCUGCUACACUUAUAGUUCUAAUUUCAUUGACUCGAAGCAGGCAAAAUGACUUCAUAUAACGAUGAGCCCAGAAGUGAUAUAUCAGAGUCUCUGGAAGUCUGUGAAUUCGAGGGACAGUACGGAGAUCCGGGUGGUUCUUACAAAUCCAAAAGCUUGCCUGUUCUUAAUGGCAGCUGUCCGACCGUCAAUGAGACGUUGGAACCGAGGCUGGUUAGCACGACACAGACUUUAGUAAACACCGACCAGUGCUUGGUGUUCAACGAGCUGCGGCAGAAAGGAGACUCAAGCGAACUGGAUUCACCCACCAGGACUGAUUUUUCCCCUUCCAUCUCCAGUAUGGUGGGUCUUAGUAGCUCUAUGAAAACUGAGGCCAACCGAGCUGGUGGCAAAAAAAUAGGCUUUUCAUUGGCAAGAUUCAUCCGCUUUCCUGUGAGGAAGUACGUGAGGAUGAUUCUGUCAGACUCUAGGUGUUUUCUAUUCUGUAUGUGUUACCUGACGUUCAUCCAGUCAUUGAUGGUCUCUGGCUAUCUUAGUAGUGUCAUCACCACUAUAGAGAAGAGAUACAGCCUUAGAAGCUCUGAAUCAGGACUGCUGGUUAGCUGCUUUGACAUUGGAAGUCUGCUGGUAGUGGUCUUCAUUAGUUAUUUUGGGGGUCGAGGCCAGAGGCCACGCUGGUUGGCGGUAGGUGGGGUGUUUAUCGCUGUGGGGGCAGCUCUCUUUUCCCUUCCACAUUUUAUCUCUCCACCCUAUCAAGUCCAAGAGGUCAACUCUUCCACGGGGAAUGAGGGCCUGUGCCUGAACGGGAACGGGAGCAGAAGGGACGGUCUGGACGUGUCAUCCUGUCCACGAGACCAAGAGGGCAACGAUCACUCCAUGUAUGUUGCCCUUUUCGUCUGUGCCCAGGUCCUGGUGGGCAUGGGAUCCACUCCCAUCUACACGCUGGGACCAACGUACCUAGAUGAUAACGUGAAAAAGGAGAAUGCAUCCCUCUACCUUGCUAUUAUGUAUGUGAUGGGUGCUCUGGGACCAGCUGCGGGGUACCUCCUGGGAGGCGUUCUAAUCGGCUUCUACGUGGAUCCCAAAACAAUUGCCAACGUUGAUCAAAGUGAUCCACGCUUUGUUGGCAACUGGUGGAGUGGUUUCCUGCUCUGUGCUUUCGCCAUGCUGUUGGUCAUCUUCCCCAUGUUCACUUUCCCCAAAAAACUGCCCCCUCGUCACAAGAAGAAGAAGAAAAAGCACGGGUCGGACAGCACCUCUAAUGAUGACGAUGUCCUGAAAGAGAAAUCCAACAGCAAAGGCCAGACCGUGGCGUCCUCCAUGGGCUUUGGGAAGGACAUCAAAGAGCUCCCCAAGGCUGCCAUAAGGAUCCUCAGCAACAUGACGUUUCUAUUUGUGAGUCUGUCCUACACGGCCGAGAGCGCUAUUGUCACUGCCUUCAUCACCUUCAUCCCCAAGUUCAUCGAGUCGCAGUUUGGAAUCCCUGCCUCCAAUGCCAGCAUAUACACAGGGGUCAUUAUUGUGCCCAGUGCAGGCGUGGGCAUUGUACUGGGCGGCUACAUCAUAAAGAAACUAAAGCUUGGAGCUCGCGAGUCGGCCAAGCUGGCCAUGAUCUGCAGUGGGGUUUCUCUUCUGUGCUUCUCCACCCUCUUCAUCGUGGGCUGUGAGAGCAUAAACCUGGGUGGCAUCAAUAUCCCUUACACCACAGGGCCGACACUGACUCUGACCCACAGAAACCUGACGGGAGGCUGUAAUGUGAACUGUGGCUGUCGGAUCAACGAGUAUGCUCCUGUUUGUGGCUCCGAUGGCAUCACAUACUUCAACCCGUGUCUGGCGGGAUGCAGCACGGUUGGCAAUGACAGCACUGCGAUCAGAAACUACACAGACUGUGCAUGCGUGCAGAGCAGACAGGUCAUCACCCCUCCCACCAGCGGCCAAGGCAACCAGCUGCAGCUGGUCAUAGUGAAGACCUACCUGAACGAGAACGGAUUCGCUGUGUCAGGGAAGUGUGAUCGCACCUGCAACACGCUCAUCCCCUUCCUCAUCUUCCUCUUCAUCGUUACGCUCAUCACAGCUUGUGCACAGCCCUCCGCCAUUAUCGUCACACUCAGGUCAGUAGAAGAGCAAGAAAGACCGUUUGCUUUAGGAAUGCAGUUUGUGCUGCUAAGAACUCUGGCCUACAUUCCCACGCCCAUCUACUUUGGGGCGGUGAUCGACACCACCUGUAUGCUCUGGCAGCAGGACUGCGGCGUUCACGGCUCUUGCUGGGAGUACGACGUCACUUCCUUUCGCUUCGUCUACUUCGGCCUGGCUGCCAGCCUCAAGUUUGUGGGCUUCGUGUUUAUCUUCCUCACCUGGUACUCCAUUAAAUACAAAGAGGAUCGGCUGAAGCGCUGGCAGCAGCAUCUGCCUCCUCUGGGCACCGUCAGUGAGCUCAUCUGUCACGCAGGCGGCCACAAGAGCCACGCUCGCACCCGCUCCUGCCCUGUUUUCACACCCCGUCCCGAACCCCCUGAGCAGCCCGCUCUUAACCGCGGACACUGCAGCCAGAGCUGCCCCGGAAACAGCCUCAAAGCAAUAACCCCACCCGCCCGCUCAAUGCAGGAAAUGAAUUACAUUUGAG